AGCUAUCGGCUGUCAGCGUUCCAUCCUCCACCUCCGCCCUCACGCAUGCCGUGCCACGUCUGACCGUUGAGUGCCAGCCAGCACUGCACGCCGCGGAGUGGCCAGCAACACCGCAACCCGAGCGACGACGGGAUUCCCAAGCUCCCUCCUUCCUGGCGCCAUUGAGCGAUCGCGCUGGGGAACAACCGGCAACCAACGCACUGCAGGAUAAGCUCAGCGUCGGCUCUUCGCUAGAUUAAUCGACUAUCAUGGCACCUUCCUUCACCACAAAUGCCUUGCCACGCUCUCGCUCUGGAGAAUCUGCUCGACCACCCACCCGCGACGACGGCAACCUGGAGGUCCCCAACCGCACCUCGUCGCUGCACUCGCGCAUCGCCGCCCCCAUUCCGAGCCAGAUGCCGCAACAGAAGACGGGCAACCGGGCGCCCAAGACUCUCACGCAUGCCUACAUGGUAUGCGGUGUUGGCCGCGAGCCUUCACAAUGGGUGAAGGCUCCGACGCCAGCACAAGGAAAAAUCGGGCACAUGAAGGGUGCCGUUGGCCAGUUCUGGCUGCCCGAAAUCCUCGGAAGCAGCCCCCGACUGGAGCAGGACAACGAAAUUGCAAGGUCGCUGCAUUCUGCGAUGCGGGCGUGCUUUCCCCACGACGUAGAAAUCUGCACCGGACCAAGCCAACCACACUGCGUUCACCACGCCUUCGUGUUGCAGCAAGACUCAUCGCACACCCUCUAUGGCAUCGCACUCCGAGUGUGGUCGCGCGCUGACGAAAAGCGUGCCGAGACGAUUCGCGAUUUGCGCAAGCGUACGGAACCCGACUACUAUGACACGCCAGGUGAAACAUAUUGGAUCCCAUACUGCCUGUCAUUCCUGUCAAGGUAUCCACUGUACAAUCUGCUGGGAGACUACCUUCGUGGCAUGUGGAUCCAUUGGAACAAGGCGACGAACCUGUUCCACGCCGAGGAGGUCUCCCGCAUCCUGAGCUUUCCAGCUCCACGCCUGAACGAUCUGGUGCGCAUUGACAUGAAGGACUAUGCAUUAUGCUACCAGUUCCCAUCCUCGCCGACCGGCUUCCAGAACUUUGCCAUGUGGCCGCUCUUCAGCUGUCUCUCCAUCCCGAACAUCGUUGGAGUUCUCGAGGCAGCCGUGUCACCCACUCGCCGGAUCAUCUUUAUCUCCCACUACCCAGCAAUGCUGACGGUUGCCACCGAGACUGUCCGCUUCAUGGUCCGAGUGUACGAAUGGAGUGGUCUCUAUGUCCCAGUCUGUCAUGCCCGUCAUGCGAAAGAGCUUGUCCAAGAGCCUGGACCAUACAUCCUGGGAAUGACUGCAGAAUGCCGGACACUUUUCACAGCUCCAUCUGACGCUCUGGUCGUCGAUCUCGACCGAAAUUUCGUGCUAACCUCGAGCCCGCCAAAUGCAUGGUCGGCAAGGCAACGAUCGAAGCUCAUCUCGCGGAUGACCCAGGCACUGAGUGGCGAUGUUGUCCCAUCGGGCGUGCCGCAGCACCUCCGAUCAGCAUACGGAGGUGGAAAGCUCAUUCCAGCUGGCCAAAUCAUUGUUAUGCGAGGCGAGGUGGAGAGCGUGCAAGACCCAGGUUGGUGGAACCAGGACGAGGUCAUGAAAGUCAUGGACCACGCCUGCGAGAAGCUGGGCAAGAACACAGGCUUCAAAUCUGUCUUCGGAGGAGCUCAGAAGAAGCCGCUGAUGACCAAGGUGUCGAUGAGACACCUGAACGAGAUCGUGCGCGAGCGCAAUCAAUACUCGCGUGACGCUAUGGAGGCAUGGCAGGACUUCAUCAACCUCAAGGGCCGCAUGGACACCGAGCUUGCCAAGGUGACGAAACGCAACAAUUUCCUGGUCGAGGAACUGGAAAGCUGGAAGCAGCAAUUCCUCAAGUUCCAGGCUUUCGCAGAACAACUCACCAAGGAGACGAAUGAGCUCAAGGUCAAGAUUGAAGGCCACAAGCGCGAGAACCGCCGUUUGACGAGCAUGAUCGAUCAGCAAAAGGACGACGUUGCCAGACUCACAGUGCGACUUUCCGGAACAGAGAAGCAACGAGACGACGCUCUGGAGGCUUUGGUUCUGCAACAAGAGAUUGCAGAGGAACUGGAGCGGGAGCGCAAGAGGAACAAGAAGGACCUCUCUGCCCUUCAGCACACGAACACAACGCUUCUGCGUCAACGCGACGAGGCACAGCGUGUUGUACUACACCUCCGAGCACUCAUUGAUGGCCAGGCCCACCACAUGGAACACAUCGUCAAGUCGCUGGGCGACUCAGAACCAGUUGGCGAGUUUCUGGAUGCCGAGGAAGACCGCGUCGAGUCUCCAGCAAAGGAAGAUGCAAAGAUCGAGAACGAACUAAUCAAGCCCGGCACCAACUCGCGAGCCUCAUCGCGGUCAAGUACGCGCAUGUCGCACUCUCGCAAUGAUGGUGAGGAAUACUCUUCCUCUAGGCAGGCUCGUUACUCGAGCAUGUCUAAGAGACUCUCUACUUUCAGCAUGGCUGAUGUUGCAGAUCGCCACCUCCGCGACAAGACCGACGCGAUCGCCUACAUCAUUCGCAACAUCUCCGAGCAGUGCGCCGCUGCUGUCGAAGGCCUCGACCUCGCUCGACGUGCAGACACCGCCAGCAGCGAUGGCGGCGAUGAUGACAGGUCAGAAUCUGGCAAGAAGAGAGGGAAGCGACCAGUCAAGCACCUAUCCCCUGAUUCCGAGAACGGAGAUCACUCAAGUAAUAACUCUGAGUCGGAUUUCGGGGACAACAGGAGCGAUGGCACUGCCAGCUACUUGCACCCCAAGAGGACAUCUGGAACAUCCUCGGCGGUACCGCCAACACCAGACCUCAUUCACGACCGCAGCUCUACGAGCAUGAGCGUGAACAGCGAAAGCACGGCUGCGACGCCGAACCGAUCCAGCUUGCAGAGUGUGUACAGAAAUCAGGCCGAGUCCAUCCCAGAAGUGCCUACGCACAUUGUAGGGCACGAUGCCGAAAAUGGACACCAGCUGGAAGAGAUUGCGGAAGAGCCAGUGACCAAAUUCGCAGGACGAGGCCUGGAGCACCGCCACAGCCACAUCGAACGGGCGUGACUCUCUGGCGCAAAGCGACGUUCGUAUGGAAGAUUUCCAGUCCUCUCCAUACGCACUAGCUUUGACCGCUCGAGUUUUGGUUGAUCACCGAAAAGUCUGUCUCUGCCGACAUGCGCUAUCCCGCUACUGCUACGCUGCUACUGCUGGCCAUGCUUUCGCCAUGGUCUCAUUAUGGUCCUUUCUUCUUUCUGUUUGUGGAACCUUGAGAUACUCCCUUUUGCAUUUUUGUGCUGAAUGUCACACUCUUUACGGCCGCGACUACUACUACUGAAUACUGUGUACUGCCCGUCUUUUUCUAUCUCGAUGGGCUUUUCUGGGAUCGAGAGGGAGGAAUAUGUGAUAGCGGGAGUCAGAUCUAUCAAUGUUGUAAGAUAUUCACCAGCAGUGUGAUUUAGGUAGCUGUCUCGAAAUGUACUCAAAACUGCUAUUAGUGGUAAUCAGAAUUGGCUGUCUCGUCCGGUGCGCUUUCCCCAUUUUCGCUGACAUGGAGGAAGGCGCGUGUGGCUCUUGCCUCCUGUAUACAGCAGCAGCAAUACCACGCAGGCAUCUACCUC